UCCAUUCGUUGUUGUCGGAGCGGCGAUGGAGGAGCCGAGGCACCGCUAAACGUUUCAACGGAACCGUCGUUGGGAGAGAGAAUGGAAACGGUUGAGCAGCUCGUCUCUUUCCACCACAUUCAGGUCCAGUUGAGCGGGGGCGCGCCUUGGGGGUUCACGCUGAAAGGAGGGCUCGAGCACGCGGAGCCACUCAUCAUCACUAAAAUCGAGGAUGGAGGGAAGGCCGCCCUGUGCACGAAGCUGAAAGUGGGCGACGAGCUCAUCAACAUCAACGGGUCGGCGCUCUACGGCAGCAGACAGGAAGCCCUCAUCCUCAUCAAGGGAUCCUACCGGAUACUGAAGCUCGCCGUCAGGAGGUAAACACACACACACACACACACACAGAUCCUUCACAAUGACUUCAAAAGGAACAUUUCAGCAUUUGUUGUUCGUGACUUUCGUGCCGACACUUAAAGACGUCUUGGCGUUGAAUCGGGGAAGGAAGGUGAGGGAGGAGACGAGAAGGAGGUC